GAGAAGUCUAUGCUGGGUAUCCCUGGAAAGAGGAAGGGGGUGGGUGUGCUCAGAAAGAGGCCUCACCCCGCCUCCUGCUCAACCCGCCUGCCCCACCCCAAUCAGGUUCCAGCCCAAGUCAUUUAAAAGGUUAUUGGAAAGGUUUCCAAACCUGAGGCGGCAGCAGGUGGCCCUCUGACAUAGCAGAGGAGGUGCUUGCUUUCGGCAGAGGAUGUCCAGGCCAGACCAGGCAAAGAACCCCGAGCUCAGUGCGAGCAUGGAACUGAGGCCAACAGCCCCUGGCAACCUGGGUCGCAGCAACGAAGCCUUCCAGGAUGAAGACCUUGAAGAACAGAACACGUCGGGAAACAGCACAGUCCGGAACAGAGUUGUACAAAGCGGGGAACAAGGAAAUGCCAAACAGGGCGACAGGCAGAUCACGAUUGAGCAGGAGUCACUAGAAAACAAAGACUUGGAGGAAGAUGACCAAGAUGAGCAUGAAAAAGGGUGUUUGGAAAGGAAGUAUGACACAAUUUGUGAGUUUUGUAGGAAGCACAGGGUCAUUCUUCGGCGCAUCAUCGGGGGCAUUUUAUUGACUGGUUUGCUGGUCCUGGUGAUUGCAGCCUGUUCGAUAAACUUCCACAGAGCCCUUCCUCUUUUUGUGAUCACCUUGGUUACCAUCUUCUUUGUUGUCUGGGAUCAUUUGAUGGCCAAAUAUGAGCAGCGAAUUGAGGAGGUCCUGUCUCCAGGCAGAAGUCUUCUCAACAGGCAUUGGUUCUGGAUGAAAUGGGUGAUAUGGAGCGCUUUGAUGCUGGCCAUCAUUUUCUGGCUGAUCCUUGACACUGCCAAAUUGGGCAAACAGCAGCUGAUAUCCUUUGGCGGACUCACAAUGUACAUUGUCCUGUUAUUUCUGUUUUCCAAGUAUCCAACCAGAGUUUACUGGAGGCCUGUCUUUUGGGGAAUUGGGCUACAGUUUCUUCUUGGGCUCUUAAUUCUAAGGACCAAGCCUGGAUUUAUUGCUUUUGACUGGAUGGGAAAACAAGUUCAGACUUUUCUGGGGUACACUGAUACUGGAGCUAAGUUUGUCUUCGGUGAAAAGUAUACAGACCACUUCUUUGCAUUUAAGAUCCUGCCAAUUGUGGUUUUCUUCAGCACUGUGAUGUCCAUGCUUUACUACCUGGGAUUCAUGCAGUGGAUCAUCAGGAAGGUUGGAUGGCUAAUGCUUGUCACUAUGGGGUCAUCUCCCAUUGAGUCUGUAGUUGCUGCUGGCAACAUAUUUAUUGGGCAAACAGAGUCUCCGCUGCUGGUCCAACCGUAUUUGCCACAUGUCACCAGAUCAGAACUGCACACCAUCAUGACUGCGGGCUUUGCAACAAUUGCUGGAAGCGUUCUGGGAGCAUACAUCUCUUUUGGGGUGUCAUCCACACACUUGCUAACUGCCUCAGUCAUGUCAGCACCUGCAUCCCUGGCUGUGGCCAAACUCUUUUGGCCUGAAACAGAGAAACCGAAAGUAACCCUUAAGAGUGCCAUGAAAAUGGAAAAUGGUGAUUCAAGGAAUCUCCUGGAGGCGGCUUCUCAGGGCGCAUCCUCGUCCAUCCCCCUGGUUGCAAACAUCGCUGUCAACCUGAUUGCCUUCCUGUCCUUGCUGUCCUUUGUGAAUUCAGCCCUGUCCUGGUUUGGGAGCAUGUUCAACUACCCACAGCUGAGUUUUGAGCUCCUAUGUUCCUACGUCUUCAUGCCCUUUUCCUUCAUGAUGGGAGUCGACUGGCAAGACAGCUUUAUGGUCGCCAAACUCAUAGGCUACAAGACAUUCUUCAAUGAAUUUGUGGCUUAUGACCACCUCUCAAAACUGAUCAAUCUGAGGAAAGCAGCUGGACCUAAAUUUGUGGAUGGUGUGCAACAGUAUAUGUCGAUUCGUUCCGAGACCAUUGCGACCUACGCCCUCUGUGGUUUUGCCAAUUUUGGUUCCCUAGGAAUAGUGAUUGGUGGACUUACAUCCAUAGCCCCGUCCAGAAAGCAUGACAUCGCCUCUGGAGCGAUGAGAGCCCUGAUUGCUGGGACCGCUGCCUGCUUCAUGACAGCCUGCAUCGCAGGCAUGCUGUCCAGCACCCCCAUGGAUAUCAACUGCCAUCACAUCCUAGACAGUGCCAGGGCACUCAGCAACACGACAGAAGUGGUGUCGUGCUGCCAAAACCUGUUGAGCAGCACUGUUGUCAAGGGACCGAAUGAGGUCAUCCCGGGAGGAAACUUCAGCAUCUACACUUUGAAGAGCUGCUGCAAUUUGCUGAAACCAUCAACCCUGAACUGCAGUUGGAUCCCGAAUGUCCUAUGAUCUCAGCCAUGUGUCCAGCGGGACUCUGUGCGCAGGCGCUGGAUUUUCAGCCCUGCAGGGGAUAGGAAUCUAUUGCCCCAGACUGAUAAUGCCAUCGUGGACUCAGACUUAAUGGCAAAGAAGGAAGAAAGUCUGGAGUGAAUCCUUCGGAGCUCCAGUGUCUCCCUUCUCUUCUCAGGCCGCCCUCCCUCCAUGAAGAACUCUUAUAAUGAUGUCCCAAACUGAGGUGUGAUCUUCAGUCCCAAGAAAAAU